UGGAAUGGGUAAAAUCAAAGUUGAGAUUACUUCGGAACAGUUACACAAAAGCUAAAAGGGCCCCACCUAGUGGGUCUUCUAGGAAAAACCAGACAAAUAGAACCGUUUGGAUCUUGGAAAAACUUCAGUUUUUAGCUCCCCACAUUGCUGAACGCUCAUCAGUGUCAAACAUAGAUACAGUAAGUAAUUUAGUUAUCUCUUUAUUGAGCAGCUACAGUAGAUUUAAUUAAUUUUUUACAGACUGAUUAUGCUAUCUUGCCAUGGAACACACCCAAGUUCAGAGUUAAAGUAUUCAGUCAGCUUUUGUCUUUGUUCCUUUGCAUUCAAUUUUGGGUUUCUACCCAAGUUUGGCUGCAAUCCUAUUAAAGGUCGAUCAUUCCUCCAGGCUCCAUUUGUGAAUCUCCUUGUAUGAAUAUCUUCCACAUCACAUGCACUUAAGUAUGCAUGUUUGUUAUUUUCAAUCAUGAAGUUGUGUAGACAGCAAGCUGCCAGAAUGAGGUCUUGCACUUUUUCUGGACUAAGGUUUAUUGUUGUUAGAAAUACACGAAAUCUAUUCGCAAGAAUUCCGAAGGCGUUUUCGACCACCCGUCUAGCCCUGGAUAGGCGGUAAUUGAAAAUUCUCUUUGGCUUAUCCAAAUUUCUGUGCGGAUAGGGUUUCAUCAUUUUCAAGGAAAGUGCAAAUGCAUCAUCGCCUACAAUAUGAUAAUGUAUUUUGUGGUCUGGUAUCCCCUUGAUUGAUUCUGGUGGUGGUAAAUUGAGAGAAUUGACACCCAAGGCCAUCUUCAAAUCCGAAUCUAUAUAUAUAUACCAGCAUCACCUGCACGACCUGAAGCCCCAACGUCUAUAUAGAUAAAUUUAUAGUUAGCACUAACAAGAGCCAUAAGCACUAUGCUGAAGAAAUGCUUAUAGUUAAAAUACUCGGAACCACUAUCCUCUGGUUGUUGGAUGGCAAUGUGUUUCCCAUCCAAAGCCCCGAUACAGCAGGGAUAAUUCCACUUGUAGAAAAAGUCAUCAGCUAUGGAUUUCCAUUCUGCUUCUGAAGUUGGAACCUGAAAAUCAAUAAUAAUAAAAUGUUUUUGUAUAUUGUAAUUUUAGCCAUCACCAACUCCAACAACAGACAGUGACACACCUGUUGAUCCACUUUUGGACAAUAGUGAACUGGAGGAUAGCAUCACUUUAGUAGAGGAAGAUGAAAAUGAAAAAGGGGAUUUGGCCAACUCAACCAAACGACCUACUGCUACUCGCCCAAAAUCCAUCAAACAGAAACGUGAUGAAGAGGAAUAUCAGCUAAUGAAAGGAUUAGCAUCUUCAAUUAGCACAAGAUACAAAAAACAAAAUCAAGCUAAACAAGACAGUGCAGUUGAUGCAUUUGGUGUUUAUGUCACCAAAACAUUGUCAGAACUCAAUCCGUCAAUGAGAAAUAUGGCUCAAUUUCAAAUCCAUAAUAUUCUUUUCCAAGCCCAAAUGGGUACCAUAAGCCCAAGUCAACAUCAGACACAAACACACACUCAUCAACCUAUGCCACCAGUAACACAACAACAAAUGUUUGCACAGCAGCAGCAAUUUUAUUCACCUCAUGCUGAGUGGGCAAGUCAGCAGCAGCCACUAAUUCACACAGGAAACUCUCAAAUGCAGGGGGACUACACCACUGAAAACCCAGAGCGAAUGUUCUAG